AUGUCUAAAGAGACAGAUGUAAUAGUUGAUAAUAAUUUAUCACCUGAUGAUAUUUAUGGUGAACUUUAUAAAGAAGUUCAAUUAAAACAUAUAUUUGCUGAUACAAAAACAUUUGUUGAUUGUGUACCUAAAAUAUGUUCAAAAGAUAUUUUAAAAUUUUAUAAUGAAAAAAAAGAUUUAUCUAAUUUUGAUUUAUCAAAAUUUAUUCAUGAAUAUUUUAAUUUACCAAAUUCAGUUGGAAAGAAUUUUUCAAGUGAUUUAACAAUGUCAACUGUUGAUCAUAUAAAUUGUUUAUGGGAUAUUUUAACACGUCCAGCUGAUACACCAGCAUUAGAAAGUUCACGGAUUGCAUUACCUUAUCCAUAUAUUGUACCUGGUGGAAGAUUUGGAGAAAUAUUUUAUUGGGAUUCAUAUUUUACAAUCUUAGGUUUAUCAACAUUACCUAAUAAAUUAAAUCUUAUUGAAAAUAUGAUUGAUAAUUUUGCUUAUUUAAUUGAUAAAUAUAGUUUUAUACCAAAUGGAAAUCGAACUUAUUUUCUUAGUAGAUCUCAACCACCUUUUUUUGCUUGUAUGAUUGAUUUAUUAGCAAAUUUAAAUUCUAAUCCAUCAAAUAUUAGACAAAAAUAUUUAUCUCAUUUAUAUAAAGAAUAUCUUUUUUGGAUGAAAGGAAAAGAUAAAUUAAGUCAAAAUCAAAUUUUUAAUCAACAUGUUGUUCGAAUAAAUGAUGAUAUAAUAUUAAAUCGUUAUUAUGAUCCAUUAACAAAACCACGUCCAGAAUCUUUUCCAAAAGAAGAAAAUGAAUGUAAAAGAGCAAAAGAAAUAUUUGGAAUAACAGCUGAAAUAUUUUAUUUUCAUAAUCGUGCUGCAUGUGAAUCAGGAUGGGAUUUUAGUUCACGAUGGUUUAAAGAUAAAAAAUCAAAAGAAUCAAAUCAUUGUGGAGAAAUUGUUCCAAUUGAUCUUAAUUGUUUAAUUUAUUUUUUAGAAUAUAUUCUUUCAAUAACAUAUAAAGAAAUAAAUAAUACUGAAUUAAGUCAAUUAUUUGAACAAUUAGCAAAUUCAAGAAAACAAACAAUUCAAACAUUAUUUUGGUCAAAUGAAGAAAACUUUUUUUUUGAUUAUGAUCCAAUAAAUCAAUGUCAAAAACAAAUUUUAUCAUUAGCUGCUUGUUAUCCACUUUUUUUUAAUAUUGCAACAAAACAACAAGCACAUCAUGUUUAUCAACGUUUAGAAAAAGAUUUUUUAAAAAAUGGUGGUUUAAUAACAACACUUGAAAAUACAGAUCAACAAUGGGAUUCACCUAUUGGAUGGGCACCAUUACAAUGGAUUGCAUUUAAAGCUUUACAAAAUUAUGGUUAUCAACAAUUAGCUAAUCAAAUUCGUUCAAGAUGGUUAAAUCUUAAUGAUCAAAUUUAUAAACAAACAGGAAAAAUGACUGAAAAAUAUAAUGUUGUUGAUCAAACUGAAGGUGGAGGCGGAAACUACCCGUUACAAGACGGAUUUGGAUGGACUAAUGGAGUUUAUCUUAGAUUACUUCAAGGAUAA